CUGCCCUGUCAUACGUGGAGAGACAACGAGCAAACUGACCAAAGCGACGUCCGUGAUUUAAUUCUCACUUCACCUACGCCAGCUUGGGAGUAUCCAAGGCUAUCCCCUCCUUUGUUCUCCCGCCUGGUGCCAAAUUCGGGUCAGCAAUAUGCUGGAAAGCAGUGCACAGCUGUCGACCUCGAUUGCUUUGUCAUUGCGGUGGCGGAGCCUCUCUUCAUGGCUGAAGAUGCCGCGCAUACAUCGUCUCCGGUGGCCUUUUCUUCCUAUUCAUGUUCUUCCGACCAUGAUGAGACGCCGUCCAGUGGUACCCCUCCAACGAGUCCCUUGCCGCCCACUUGACAAUGCUCUCAUACCCAGGGCACGACGUCGGAGCACAACGUUCUAUCCUUCAGAAACGCACGAAACUGAACGACGACGCCCUGCUUGGACUUUCUCUGUGCAAGAUGUAGAAGCGGUUUCCUGGACCCAAUUGAACUAUCAGACUUCGGGGGAAACUAAUCGCGAUCUUCAUAGCUUGUUGGAUGGCCUUUUCCGCCGCGGUCAAGAAAUGGCAGAUCUUUGGAUGAUGGCUGAGAAGCUGGAAUCGUGCACAUUCCAUGAUAUACCUGUUUUGGACGACCCAUUCAGUUCUCUCCCACGAACACCGCACUCUCUUCAUUCUCUCUUACUGGCCAUGGGAGGUACUUGGCACACUAAUCCCUCUGUGCAACUACUGGACCUAGUCGAAGGUGUACACUUGUUAAAUCUUUCUCUACAAUGGUUGUUCCAUCUAGAGGACGAGCAAAUUCAAAAAGGGGCAUCUGAUAUCCUCCACUGCGAACAAGAUGGCAACAUGAAGAUGCAGAGCUAUCUGAGGACGGAUGCCAUCUUAGAAGACGAUGGAUUACUCCCUCCUCUAGAACAUGGAAGCAUGCAGCUAGGCCAUUCUGAUCGGCGCGGACAUUGUGCGUUUGAACCAAGGGGUCUAGACAUGUGGGCCCUGCAUGAUAGCAUGCUCUUAAGGCCUCAAGAUUUAAAGAAGCAUAAGGACUGCGGCUGGAGCAUGUGUCCUGGGAGUCGUAUAGACUCACUGCUCGCAUUCAUGUCCUUGCGAUCGUCAAACACGACCAUGGCCCUCAUGAAUGGCCAUCAAGCCCUCUGAGCUCCUCGGGGCAGGUUCAGCAAUGCUUCGU